GCGGCUCGCCUCAUUCCGCUGCUUUCUCAGCAUCUAUUCUGUGAGAGUCUAUUCUGGAGAGGAGAGCGCUACCGAACAGGCGAAUUGGAGAAGGAAAAGAGGACAAAAUCCACUGAUGAGGGAGCAUAUCGAGGAAAAGAACACAUAAUCUAGUCUCACUGGCAUGUGUUAUCACCUUCUAUAGCUUUGGUGGAGGUCUGUGAAAGUUUCCAUCCUGGGGGGACACCCUCCCCUUGUUGUGGGGACGAACAGCGGAUGCUGAAUUUCAUUCCUGAAGGCAGGGGGAGAGCUGUGAGGACCGGCUGGAUUCACUUGCAUUGGAGCUGGUAGUGCGCACCAGAAGAGAUCCUACAGUCUCUCGUUCUCCCUUGUCUCUCAUACACGCAUUUUCCAGUAGAAUACCUAACAUUGUUUAGCUCUGCCAAGGUGGAAUAUCAGGGAGAACCAGCCCAAAAGAAAUAAAUCUAAACCAAGGAACUAAAGGGUAAUGGAUUAUGCACAAAUUCACUGAAGGACAUCCUGCUCACAAAAAGUAAGUUCAAAUCAGAAAAGGCUUUUAAUUGGGUUCUGAUUUUAAAAGACUUGUGGGAUUUUUGCCCUUGUUGUGGAGCAGAACCAAUCGUAUCUCAUGACAGCUUGGGGACUAUAGGAUUCUGGAUAGUAUUUCAAGACUGAAUCUGUGUAGGCACCUUUCCACUAUCCUGCCAGCAAGCAGAAAUGUUCUUUGCCUCUGUUCCAGUAUGACCCUGGAGUAAGUGACCUGUGCAUAGAGUCACACUACACGUUUUCCACAGGGUUUCUGUGCUUCUACAACAGCUUAUGGACAUUUGAUAUUGGGAAGCUAAGAAGAUAAAACAACAAAAACAGGGACGACCACACCAAAAGAAGAGAGAAAAGAACAGGCCAUGGCUGCGGGGAUGAUUGCUUCUCAAAGUGAACCGUGACAGAAUGGUCGGGUUUAUGAGCAAAGUCAUGCCGCACACGGUCAUCUCAUGCUGGCAGCCUUUCCUGGGAUUGGCCCUCGUGGCUGUUUUUGUGGGUUCUACCCUGGGAUGUCCCUCGCGAUGCGAGUGUUCAGCACAAAGCAAGGCAGUUGUCUGUCACCGUAAGCGCAUGCCCACCAUCCCAGAUGGCAUCCCAACUGAAACAAGAAUCCUGGACUUAAGUAAGAACAAGCUGACAAUGAUCAACCCUGAUGACUUUUUUGCCUUCCCUGGGCUUGAGGAACUUGACCUCAGUGGAAAUAUUAUCAGCUAUGUUGAGCCUGGAGCAUUCAAUGGGUUGUUUAACAUGCACUCGCUCAGCCUCAAAAGCAAUCGAAUCAAGCUCAUUCCUCUGGGUGUCUUCACAGGCUUAGCCAAUCUUACCCGACUGGAUAUAAGUGACAACAAGAUUGUCAUUCUCCUGGAUUAUAUGUUCCAGGACUUGCACAAUCUUAGGUUUUUGGAAGUGGGUGACAAUGACCUGGUUUACAUCUCUCACCGUGCAUUCAGUGGACUUUUAAGCCUGGAGACACUAACCUUAGAAAGGUGCAACCUAACAGUUGUACCCACUGAGGCUCUUUCUCAUCUGCACAACCUGGUCAGCCUGCAUCUACGAUACCUCAGCAUUAGCACUUUACAUCCAUACUCAUUCAAAAAGCUAUUCCGAUUGCGGCACUUAGAAAUUGAUAACUGGCCUUCACUAGACCAUGUGCCAGCUAAUACCCUGCAUGGCCUCAACUUGACAACACUGUUUAUAACCAACACCAACUUGUCCACCUUCCCUUACCUAGCCCUGAAGCAUCUUCCCUAUCUGACACAUCUCAAUCUGUCCUACAACCGCAUCAGGCACAUUGAAGGGGGCAUGCUAAUGGAACUGGUUCGGCUGCGAGAGCUGCAUAUUGUUGGAGCUCAGCUGACCACCAUUGAACAGUAUGCAUUCCAAGGCCUGCGGGGUCUCAGAGUUCUCAAUAUCUCACACAAUCGACUGGAUACAUUGGAAAAGGGCGUUUUUCAGUCUCCUGAGGCUCUGGAGGUUCUUCUCAUUGACAACAACCCCUUAGUGUGUGAUUGCCGCCUCAUGUGGAUCCUGCAGAAGAGGCAUUCCAUCUUCUUUGGGGAUUCACAGCCAGAAUGCAGCACACCUGAGGGCAUUCGUGGACGCCCUUUUAAGGAGUUUAAGGAGACUCUCCUGUCUUAUUAUGUUACAUGUACCAAACCGAAAAUUCGUGAAAAUAAAACACAAACAGUUACUGUAGAUGAGGGUCAGCAGGCUAUGUUGCGUUGCAGUGCUGAUGGGACACCAAGGCCAAUUGUGUCUUGGUUGUCCCCACAUCGCCGAGUGCUAACAAACAGCCAUAGUAGAGUAACCAUCCAUAAAAAUGGUACACUAGAAAUCAAGGCAGCAGAAGUCCAAGACAGUGGAGAGUACCUUUGCCUUGCCUCCAACACUGCUGGAAAUGACACCUUGAAGACAUCAUUGGCGGUGAAAAGUUUAGGAUCACUGUAUGCCAACAGGACCCAGUACUACACAGAUCCCAGCAAUGCCACUGCCAAUGGAACGACUGGUGUGACCCUCGGUUUUGACCUUAAGACUAUUUUAGUGUCAACAGCUAUGGGUUGUUUCACAUUCCUGGGAGUGGUCUUGUUUUGUUUCCUGCUUCUUUUUGUUUGGAGCAGGGGAAAAGGAAAACAUAAAAACAAUAUAGAUGUUGAACAUGUGCCACGAUCAAAGUCUAACGGCACUAAUGUUGACUCAGCAGAGGGACAAGCCGGUCCUCGUCGUUUUAACAUGAAAAUGAUGUGACUGCUUUUAUAGAACUAAGAGUCUGGAUUGUGGAAAAGCCCAAAGUACAGUGUAUUUUUUUGAAAACAGAAUGACUGAAUCUUCUCACUGCUACAGGAAGAGUGGUAGUGAAAAGAAAACCUUGGGGCAUCACAAAAUGAUGAGCAUUACCUUAAAUCUGUGGAUCUUGAUAUAGUUCUUGAAUACUGUGUCUCAAAUGCAAAAGAUUUUAGAAUGACUAUCACUACUGGAAAAACUUCUCAGAUGAGUUGCUCUCAUGAAGACCUGGAUGAAAUAAGUGUCAGUUAUCAACUUUUUGAAAUUUAUAUGUCCCAAAAUCAUUCAGUUUUGGGAUGGAUCUACAGACUCAGUUGAACAAUGUACAUUACAAAUUUGUAUCUAAGCUAUAACCUACUUUGUUUAGUCUUGCGCCAUGCUUAUUCACUGAACCAAUCAAUGAAACAUCAUUUCCUAUGUUCUAUAUUUUUCAUAUGUGUACGUAAUGCUUCAUUAUGUACAUGUAUGUACAUAAUCAUUCAAAAGAAUAGUUCAUAGCAAUAUUCAUGAGAUGCACUUGCUAAAAUUGCUAUAACCCUGUUCCACAAGUACAUUCUUCAGGCUUUUGAAGUUUCCAUUGAUUCAGGAAGGGCUUCUAUGGCUAAGUAUUUGUCCUCUGCUCCCCAAUUGAAUAAAUAUUAAUAAAUAUAUAUAUCAUUUAUCAAUAGAAGUACAAGAAAAUUAUUUUAUUUAUGAAAGUAUUAAGAAUUUUGCAAAAUUCAGUCUUCAAAAACUGUUCAGGAUAACAGCUGGAUUGUCAUAAUAUUGAGUUAGUAUUGGUCAAGCAACCUACAUGAACCACUUUUCUGUCUUAUUUUGUCUAUUUUUAUUCCUUUAACUGUACCUUUGCUAGUUGGCAAACUACAUGUGUCAGUUUUACUACAGUGACAUUUGCAUCAUUUUCCCCAGUAGGAAUUUUGGACUUUGUUGUGGUAGUUCUUCAUUUUGUUGUUGAAUCAUUUAGAUUGUGAAAACAAAAGUAAAAGUAAAAAACUAUGUAUGUGAAAUAAAAAAAAUGUAUUUGUACCAAAGUGUCUGACUAAAUGCAUAAAAUAUAAUCAUCUUCUACGCAUCCUCACUGAUAGACUUCACAUCAAUGGUGUAAUAAUAAGUGUAUCAUUGCUAAUUCCUUUUUUAUUGUUGCAGUCUCUAAACCCUCACAGAAACAUUCAAAACAUUAACACUGAAAGUGAUGUAGCCACCCCUGGUUAAGAGAUAAAUACUUAUAUGAACAAUAUUUACUUGCAAAUGCCAAAAUGCAGUACUAGAAAUAUUUGAUAAUAUGGUACAGUGAUCCAGAACUGCAGUGAUCCACUCUAAAUGUUCACAAUAAUAAUUAAAUUAUGUCUGUACAGGCCAACUCAAU